AUGUCUCCAGUGGCAUAUACCAACAACUCACCCCCGCCUCUUAAGCAGGCUCCAGCCCGCAUGCGCACCCCGCCCAAGCAGGCUGCCUUGGAUGACCUGAUGCUCCGCGUCCGCGAGACGUCUGAUCGUCUUCAACGCGCGCUGAGUCCCUACGCCGAGAACAUCAAGGUCUUUGCCGAAGCGCGACCGGUCAUCUUCACGUUCGCGUCCAUCUUUGUCGCGCUCAGUUGCGUCCCCGUCGCGUGCACAGUGAUCUUCGUGCUCUGCGUCGCAGCGCUGUUCACUGGCAUAGCAAUCUUCCUCCUCUGCCUCAGUAUAGUCGGCACAAUCGGGCUUGCCAUGAUUUUCCUCGUCCCUGUUCUGGUCAUCACGGCUUCGCUCUCGGCCAUGGCUGUUGGCGUCCUCCUAGCCCUCUUCCUCGCCCACCGGCUGUUCCUCCACAUCCGCUCGGAUUGCGAAUACACGCCCGGCGCUAGCGGCGUGCUGAGCGGCAUCCAGAGCUGGGUUGACGAGACACUCGGCCGUAUCGGCGUCGGUGCGUCGGAAUACGGACCGCACUUUGACGGACGCAGCAUAGACCACCACCGCCCGAUGUACACCAAGCCUGAGCCCCACCACGAACGCGAGCUGUCUCGCGAGCUGUCGCGCGAAUCCCACACCCGCGAGCCACGGUACUACGAACACCGCUCCCAGGUAUCCCCCAUUCCUCCCACGAUCAAGCCCGAGCCCGAGGUGCACGACAUGUUCAGCCCAGAGUCUGGUACGCCUCACGAGCUCCGUUCCCGCACACCGCAGAUCAAUGACGACGACUGGGUUUCUGACGAGGGCCCGAGAUGA